GGCCCUCGGGUGCAGAUGGCGUCGGCGUCCAGGCCUCCGGUGCCCGAGGACUCGGAGCGAACCAUGAACCCCGGCAGGCGAGGCGAGCGGGUGGUCUCCGCGCUCGGCGAGGACGCGGCGGCGGCGGGGACCCUGACGGGCCGCGCGGCCCCGGCGCGAUCGGUGGUGGCCGCCUCUCGCCCCGUGAAGGGGAAAGCGGGCCGGGAGGCGGCCCGGCGGCGGCUGCAGCUGCUUCCCGUCUCUCGGGCGCAGGGCCCUGGGGAGGGGGCCGCGGAGGAGGAGGAGGAGCCCCUGCCCGCCGUGCCCGAGGAGGAGGAAGGGGAGGCGCAGCCGCUGCCCCCCGUCUGCAUGGCCCCCAUGAGGGGCAUGUGGCGGGAGGAGAAGGUGGCGCUCUACUGCGACGAGCUGCUGCAGGGCUGCAAGGCAGAAGAUGCUGAUGAGGCUAUGAGUAACUACCUGUCAGAAAAAUUAAAGUUGAAAGACAAAUGGCUUGGAGUCUGGAAGACUAAUCCUGAGUUAUUCUUUCUGAAAUAUGAAGAAGCUUCUAUCCCUUUUGUUGGUAUAUUAGUUGAGGCAACUUGUAUACCACGUCAAAGCUCAUCAUCUUGUUUCAAAGUGACUGUUUCUGUUGCUGAGCCUUUUUCUUCUAAUAUUGCAAAUAUUCCAAGGAAUUUGGUUGAUGAGGUUUUAGAAGAACUAGAGCAUAGUGUGCCUCUCUUGGAAGUGUACCCUGUUGAAGGACAAGAUUCUGACACACAUGAUAUUGCUUUGGCCUUGGAAGUUGUGAGGUUUUUUUAUGACUUUCUUUGGAGAGACUGGGAUGAUGAAGAAAGUUGUGACAAUUAUACUGCUUUGAUUGAAGAAAGAAUUAAUUUGUGGUGUGAUAUACAAGAUGGAACAAUACCUGGUCCGAUUGCACAACGUUUCAAAAAAACUUUGGAAAAAUAUAAAAGCAAGCGUGUGGAGCUCAUUGAGUAUCAGAACAAUAUUAAAGAAGACCCCUCUGCAGCAGAGGCAGUUGAAUGCUGGAAAAAAUAUUAUGAGAUAGUAAUGCUCUGUGGAUUAUUGAAAAUGUGGGAAGAUUUACGCCUCCGAGUCCAUGGACCCUUUUUCCCAAGAAUUCUGAGACGUAGGAAAGGAAAAAGAGACUUUGGAAAGACUAUCACACAUAUUGUAGCAAAAGUGAUGACUACCGACAUGGUAAAGGACUUUUCUUCAGACACAUUUCUCCAACAGCAUGACGACUUGGAUUUGGCUUUGGACAGUUGCUACAGUGGAGAUACCGUAGUUAUUUUUCCAGGAGAAUAUCAAGCUGUAAAUCUUGCUUUAUUGACUGAUGACAUCAUUAUAAAGGGUGUUGGAAAGAGAGAGAAAAUUAUGAUUACUUCUGAACCUUCUCGUGACAGUUUUGUGGUAUCCAAAGCUGAUAAUGUGAAACUAAUGCAUCUAUCUUUGAUACAACAAGGGACAGUGGACGGCAUUGUGGUGGUGGAGUCUGGUCACAUGACUCUAGAAAACUGUGUAUUAAAAUGUGAAGGAACAGGAGUGUGUGUUCUCACAGGGGCUUCCUUGACCAUUACAGACAGUGAAAUAACGGGGGCCCAGGGCGCUGGUGUGGAGCUGUACCCCGGCAGCACAGCCGUUUUGGAGAGGAAUGAAAUUCAUCACUGCAGUAACCUCAGGACCAGUGACAGUUCGAAAAGCAUCUUAGGUGGAGUUAAUAUGAAGGUUCUUCCUGCACCCAAAUUGAAGAUGACAAGUAAUCAUAUUUACAGCAACAGUGGUUAUGGAGUAAGCAUUCUUCAACCAACAGAACAGUUUUUUAUUGUAACAGACGCCUUCAACAAAGGGGCUGCUUCAGGAGACAAAAAAGAUGAAAACAGGCUCUCCAAAGUAAUGCAAAAUAUGAAUCUGGAAAUGAAUGAUAAUACAAUAGAAGCAAACUUAAAGGGGGAUAUCAGAAUAGUCACAAGUUAA